UGCACUGGGUUUGCAGCAGGUUUGCAGCUGCGACCUCCUGUUCAAUGGGAACAUCCAUGGAAUCUCUGGGGAAGGCUACAACGGGUGGGAUUUCAUCUUCAGGCUGGGAUCCAGCUUGGUGGUGGCUGAUGGUGCUGCCUGGAUGACCUGGCAGUGUGGAUCUCACCAUUGUCCCAUUCCCAUCAGAAUUUCAUGGAUGGAUUUCUCCAUUAUCCCAUUCCCAGAACUCCCUGACAUCCAUGUGUACAGAACAGUGAAACAUGGGACCCUGGUGCUGUCCUGCCACAUGUACAGAUUCUGCCCCAGGAUCAGCUGGAUGAAGGGGGAAGAAAUCCAGGAUCAGGAGACUGAGUGGGGUGGAAUCAUUCCCAACAGCGAUGACACCUUCCACACCUGGGCCAGAACUGAGGUGCUGCCAGGGGAGUGGAAGCAGCACCGGUGCCAGGUGGAGAAUCCCAAAAUGCUGGAGCUUGGGAUCUUCAUCUGGGGAAAGGCUGGGAAUUCAGGAUCUGUUAACUGGGAAUUUGGGAAUGAGGAAUUUGGGAAUACAAAGCAGCAGGGUAGGGGUUCCCCUUCCCCUUCUCACCAUCUUGCACUUCCUAGAGCUGGAAUCUCAUCCCACUGA